AUAUAUAUAUAUAUUAAAGUCGAUUUUUUUCAACGCUAUCUAGGGUUUUACUUUAAGACAGAGAGAGAGCUCUUUUGUGUUAUCCCCCACUGCACUUGCUUUUGUUCUCUCCUGCUGUGGAUACACAACAACGCCACCACCAGCGUCAACCCGAUUCGUGUAAUUUUUAAGCUGUGAAAAAUGGCUGGUGGUAAAAAGAAGGAGGUUAAGAAAGAGACUGGGUUAGGUCUCUCUUUCAAAAAGGAAGAGAAUUUUGGGGAAUGGUACUCAGAGGUGGUUGUGAAUGGGGAGAUGAUUGAAUAUUAUGACAUUUCUGGUUGCUAUAUUCUGAGGCCAUGGGCAAUGUCAAUAUGGGAGAUUAUGCAAGUAUUCUUUGAUGCAGAAAUCAAGAAAAUGAAAAUUAAGAAUUGCUACUUCCCUCUUUUUGUUUCAUCUAGUGUUCUGGAAAAGGAAAAGGAUCACAUUGAGGGCUUUGCUCCAGAGGUUGCUUGGGUGACAAAGUCAGGAAAAUCUGACUUGGAGAUUCCUAUUGCCAUCCGUCCAACUAGUGAGACUGUUAUGUAUCCCUAUUUUUCUAAGUGGAUCAGGGGACACCGUGACCUGCCUCUGAAACUCAACCAAUGGUGCAAUGUUGUUCGUUGGGAGUUCAGCAAUCCUACACCAUUUAUCAGGAGCCGGGAGUUCCUCUGGCAGGAAGGGCACACUGCUUUUGCAACAAAGCAAGAAGCAGAUGAAGAGGUCCUUCAAAUAUUGGAACUGUACAGACGCAUAUAUGAAGAAUUCUUGGCUAUUCCUAUUAUAAAGGGCAAGAAAAGUGAGAUGGAGAAGUUUGCUGGUGGACUUUACACAACUAGCGUUGAGGCAUUUAUUCCCAACACUGGACGUGGUAUCCAAGGUGCAACUUCUCAUUGUCUGGGCCAAAAUUUUGCAAAAAUGUUUGAAAUAAACUUCGAAAAUGAGAAGGGGGAGAAGGGAAUGGCCUGGCAGAACUCUUGGGCCUAUAGUACUCGAACGAUUGGAGUCAUGGUGAUGGUUCAUGGUGAUGACAAAGGCUUGGUUCUGCCACCUAAAGUGUCAUCUGUCCAAGUUAUCGUCGUUCCUGUGCCUUUCAAAGAUGCUAAUACUCAAGGAAUCUUUGAUGCAUGUGCUGCAACUGUGGAUACUUUGUGUGAAGCAGGUAUUCGUGCUGAGGCUGAUUACAGAGAGAAUUACUCACCUGGUUGGAAAUACUCUCACUGGGAAAUGAAAGGUGUUCCUCUGAGGAUUGAAAUUGGGCCCAAAGAUUUGGCAAAUAAUCAGGUACGUGCUGUUCGCCGUGACAAUGCAGCAAAAGUGGAUAUCAGUUGUGACAAUUUGGCGGAGAAAGUAAAGGAUAUGCUGGAUGAUAUUCAAAAGAGCAUGUUCGAUGCUGCUAAACAAAAGCGAGAUGCUUGCAUUCAAGUUGCGAAAACUUGGGAUGAAUUCAAGGAAGCUCUCAGUCAAAGGAAAAUGAUCUUAGCUCCUUGGUGUGAUGAGGAGGAGGUGGAAAAGGAUGUGAAAGAUCGAACAAGAGGUGAAAUGGGAGCAGCCAAGAGUCUUUGUUCCCCAUUUGACCAGCCCGAGCUCCCUGAAGGUACUACAUGCUUUGCUUCUGGAAAGCCUGCAAAAAAGUGGACCUACUGGGGCAGGAGUUACUAGAUUAUCAGCAACAGAAAAGAUGCAUCUUUUUAAAGGUUAUAUUAGUGAUUGGAGAGGUUGUGGUGGCUAAACAAAAUGUGUUUGGUCAAAAUACCUCAGGCGAGGGGAAUAGACAUUUGAAGAGGGUAGCUUUUGGUUUAAAAAAAGGGUUCGGAGCUAAAAGGCUAGACAACUUCACUGUCAAAGCCAGACAUGCUCGCAUUGUUUAAAUCUUGUUUUAGAUUCCAACUUCCCUCUCGCAAAGAGUGUUCAAGAAGGAAAAGGAAGAGAGGGCACGUCUCUUUAUGAUCAAAACGUCAGUUUAUCAAUAGUCUUUCCGGAAAUGUGGGCUUGAUUUUUCUGUGCGCCUCAAACAACAAAUUUCAAACUAUUUAUAAAUAUUCGUCAUCUUGCAAUAUAAUUUAGAGAAAACUUA